UGCCUCCCGCGGGGCCCGGCGGUGGCGGGGGGACCGGGGGCGCGUCGCUGCUCCAUGUCGGUCCCGUCCUGCGGGAAAUAUGAUCAGCGCCCCUGACGUGGUGGCCUUCACCAGGGAGGAGGAGCUGGAGGAUGAUCUGUACCGCGAGCCGCCCCUGCCCGAGGAGUACUCGGUGCCGCUGUUCCCCUUCUCCGGCCAGGGCGCCAACCCCUGGGCCAAGGUCGCCGGCUCCAAGUUCACCCGGGACUUCAUCCUCAUCUCCGAGUUCUCGGAGCAAGUGGGGCCCCAGCCCCUUCUGACCAUCCCCGAUGACGCCAAAGUGUCGGGCACCUUCGAUCUCAAUUACUUUUCCCUGCGGAUCAUGUCUGUGGAUUACCAGGCAUCCUUCGUGGGGCACCCUCCUGGCUCUGCCUACCCGAAGCUGAACUUUGUGGAGGAUUCCAAGGUGGUGCUGGGGGACUCCAAGGAAGGGGCUUUUGCCUACGUGCACCACCUGACCCUGUAUGACCUGGAAGCCAGGGGCUUUGUGAGGCCCUUCUGCAUGGCCUACAUUUCUGCUGACGAGCACAAAAUCAUGCAGCAGUUUCAGGAACUUUCCACCGAGUUCUCCAAAGCCUCCGAAUGCCUGAAGACGGGGAACCGGAAAGCGUUUGCUAACGAGCUGGAAAAGAAACUGAAAGAUCUUGACUACACCAGGACCGUCCUGCACAACGAGACUGAGCAGCAGAAGAAAGCCAACGACAAGGGGUACUACACAACCCAGGCCAUUGAGAAGGCCAACGAGCUGGCCAGCGUGGAGAAAUCGAUCAUAGAGCAUCAAGACCUGCUGAGGCAAAUCCGGUCGUAUCCCUACAGGAAGCUGAAGGACUCUGAAUUCCACGCCUACGAGCCAGAGUGUGCCCUGGACCAGGCUGAUGCGGGCAGCCAUGAUCAGGACCCAACUGCCUCUGAGCCUGGUGAGACUCACCUUUACACCCACGUGCCAUCCUACACCCCCAAACUCAUCAAAGCCAAGUCUGCCAAGUGCUUUGACAAGAAGCUGAAGACACUGGAGGAGCUCUGUGAUGUUUAUUUUUUCACCCAGACCCUUGACCAGUUGCACCAUAUCGAGAGGACUUUUCGAGGGGAUGUUUGUUACCUCUUGACAGAGCAGAUCAGCCGGGCUCUCCUCAAGCAGCAGAGUGUCACCAACUUCCUCUUUGAGGAUGUCUCUUUCCUGGAUGAAAAACCUCCUGAAAAACAAUACAGAGGCUGCCAGGGGCUCGGCCAAGAUGCCAUGGAUGAAAAAUGUUUGGAAGAGUCCCUUGCUCCCAAAGUGGUCAUCAGCCUGGGCUCCUACAAAUCCAGCGUGGAGUGUGUGCCCAUCAAGAUGGAGCAGGAAAUGGAGGACUGUGAAGAACCCAAGAUGUCUGAGUCGGUGAUGUCUGAGCAGCAGGAGAACCUGGACUAUCUGGAUGCAGAUAUCAAAGGCAGCAUCAGCAGCGGGGAGAGCAUCGAGGUGCUGGGCACGGAGAAGUCGGGCUCUGGGCUGACAAAAUCAGAGAGCCAGGCCAGCCUGCCCGCCAUGGCCAGCCCCCAGGCCGGCCGCAGCAAGGUGGGCAGCCGGCGCACGGUCAGCGAGGACAGCAUCGAGGUGCUCAGCACGUGUCCCUCCGAGGCCCUCAUCCCAGAGGACUUCAAAGCCAGCUACCCAAGUGCCAUUAACGAGGAGCCCUACGCGGAUGAUGACGAGGGAGGCCUUCGCUUCACCCCCAAAGCCAACCCGGGCGCGCAUGACGGGCAGGAUGACAUCUCCAAGCAGGAGAGCUUGGUGCAGGUGGAUGCUGCCUGUUGCAUCGGGAAGGAGAGCCCCAGUUUCCUGGAGCCGCUGGCCGAGCAGCUGGGGCAGAGGCCGUGCGAGGAGGACGGUGUGGUGCGGAUCCCGCCGCAGCCCUACCGGGGCCCGGCCGAGCAGGGGCUGCGCGGGGGCUUCCCCUCCCACCAGGCCCUCUCGGGGGGGCUCCUGCCCUACGAGCCCGACUCGCGCCGCCUGACGGGCAGCAGGGAGGUGAGUAAGAGCAGCCUGGACGAGUGCUCGGACUCCACCAGCCUCAUCAGCAGCGCCGCCUCCACGUGCUCCGACAGGACCCCGUCCCCGGCGCAGCCGGCGUGCGCGGCGGCCGCGGACAGGCACAGGAAGAGGGCCGGGCAGAACGCGCUGCGCUUCAUCCGCCAGUACCCCUUUGCCCACCCCGCCAUCUACUCCCUGCUCAGCGGCAGGACCCUGGUGGUGCUGGGCGAGGACGAGGCCAUGGUCAAGAGGCUGGUGACGGCGCUCUCCAUCUUCGUGCCCAGCUGUGGUGGGUAUGCCAAGCCCGUGAAGCACUGGGUCACCUCCGCUCUGCACCUGGUGGAUUUCCAGAAGUGGAAGUUGAUUGGACUGCAGAGGGCAGUGUCCCCCGGCGGGGUGAACGUGCUGCACGCCCUGAGCCGCUACAGCCGCUACCUGAGCAUCCUGGACGCCGACAGCAAGACCCUGCGGUGCCCCCUGUACAAGGGCAGCGUGGUGGCCAGGCUGGCCGACCACCGCACCCAGAUCAAGCGGGGCAGCACCUACUACAUGCACGUGCAGAGCAUCCUCACCCAGCUGUGCUCCAAAGCCUUCCUCUUCACCUUCUGCCACCAUUUGCACCUCCCCAUCAGCGAAAGGGAACCGGAGGAGUCCGUCGUGAAUCGCAGGAUGAACUUCCUGAAGCUUCAGCUGGGCCUUGCCAAUGAGGAUGUCAAAAUCGUGCAGUACUUGGCCGAGCUGCUGAAGCUGCACUACAUUCAGGAACCGGGGCAGGGGAGGAACCCCCUGCUCAGAUUUGACUAUGUGCCCAGCUUUUUGUACAAAAUCUAGCCUUGCACAGGCCCUGUGCCCACGUGCAGGGUCUGACAGAGCUCAUCCAUGCUUGGCAUUGCUGUCUGCAGCAGCUCUCACACGUGGGGAAGGGGCCCAGGUGUUGGUGUCUGCUCCACAGAAAUCUGGGGCUGUGGGAGUGGAUUUCUGGGUGUUCCCUGUAGCCAAAAGCAUAGGUGUUCCAUCACAUAAACCAUCAGGCACUCUGUAAAUGUUAGAAGGGGCACUGUUAAAGUGGAUCACAGCAGCAUCCUGGGGGUUAUGGCAUGAGGGGAGGUGAUCUCGGGGAUCAGUACUGACCAGUGUGCAGCCCCCCACAUAGCACAGUGUCCUGCAUGCUUCUGCCAGAACCCUGAGCACUGUCAGGCCCUUCAUGGAGCCAGGGCUGUGACCAGAGGUGUAAAGGCCAUGUGAAGUUUUGUAUCCACCAAUGUGACUGUCAUGGGAGUGAAGCUCAGAGCCCCCUGGCAGGGCAGCAGCUCACAGGCCUGUGCACAGCCACAGUGGGUGCUGUCCCUUCCUGCACUGAGUUUCUGGGCACUUCCCAGGAUUGGUCAUCCCUGGGUGAGUGGGGGCACAGGGGAGGCACACGUGCUUCUCUCCAGAAAGGCUUUCCCAGCGUGGUUAAAAUCAGGAAGGUGGAAGCAGUCCCUAAGGCUGGUGAGCCCCGAGGCGCCGGCCGCUGCGAAUGUAGAGCACUGUGCCUUGUUCAUUUGUCACAUCCCAUCUGCUGGGUGUGCAGGGAGCCUG